AAUCCUGGGAUGGACUUUUAGUGUCUGGACCUGGACUGCCCUGUAACUAGCUAUGUAAGCAUGAGGGCGAUAUUCAGGUGAACCCGUGUCCCGGUUAAGAGGAAAAGUCACGUUCAAGUUACUAAAAUAACGUAAAAGCAAACUGAACUUUGGUAUAAGUAUGGGUCCACGAAAGAGAGGAGAAAGGAAGAGAAAAGCAGAAGAAAAUUCUGCUCAAGAUGAAGAGGUUGCAGAUACAAGUGGAGCAGGAAAAUCAUCUGAACGCAGUGCAGGUAAAGUGGUGAGCGGAAAGAAGAGCCGGACUAAAGGAGGAAAGAAAUACAUUGGUGCUCAUGUCUCUAUAUCAGGAGGCAUAUGGAAAGCAGUGGAAGACAGUGUGGAGCUGGGGGGACGCAGCUUUGCCUUAUUUCUGGGCUCCCAGCGCACCUGGCAAAGGCCGGCCCUCGAUCAAUCUGCUGCAGUAAAAUUCCAGAAGGCUUGUGCUCAGCAUGGAUUUGACCCGACACAUAUCCUUCCUCAUGGAUCUUACCUGAUGAACUGCGGCUCACCCAAGCAAGAUGUGUUUACUAAGAGCCAGGCCAUGCUGGUCGAUGAACUAAGUCGCUGCAGUGCUUUGGGCCUCACUCAGUUUAAUUUCCACCCUGGGGCCUCCAUUGACUCCAGCACAGAGAAGUGCAUCGAGAGGAUUGCCCAAGCUAUAAACCACGCUCACAAUCAAACAUCUGCUGUCAUCACUGUGCUUGAAAAUAUGAGUGGACAGGGGAGUACUGUAGGCGGACAGUUUAAUGAGCUGAAGAGAAUAAUUGAUCGCGUUCGAGACAAGACACGUGUUGGAGUGUGUCUGGACACAUGUCAUGCAUUUGCCGCAGGUUAUGACAUUUCAAAGGCUGGAGGAGUGAAAUCUAUGCUUGAUCAGUUUGAUCAGGAGGUUGGGUUGCAUUACCUGAGAGCAUUUCAUCUCAAUGACUCAAAAGGUAUAUUGGGCUGUCACUUGGACCGCCAUGAGGACAUAGGGUGUGGGAAUAUUGGGAUCUCAGCUUUCCGAGACAUUGUGAAUGAGCCUCGCCUGGACAACAUCCCUCUCAUACUUGAGACUCCCGGACGCCCAGGUUUUGAGUACGCUGAACAAAUAAAGCUUCUAUAUUCUCUUUGUGAGGACUAGAAGACCCUGAGGACUCUUCGCAAGGCAAAGAUAAAGACAAGGCAAAAGCCUUAAUCCUUCUUUUUGUUCAAUUCUGUUCAUAACCAGCAAUCUUUUGAUCUUAUAUUUUGUUCCUGUUACAACAAAUUACAUUGUUGAAUUUAAAUAAUUCAGAUAUGUUCAGUGUGGCACUGUAUGAAUUGUAUUGUUUAUCAGCAGAGGGAGCCGUUACCCAACCAAAAUCCUUGUGUGAGUUUGACUGAGUAAAACAGAACACGUCCACUUUC